UGUGGUUAUGUUAUGAUCUUAAAGUGUAAGGUUAUGAUUAUUUUAUAACCUCUUAGUUCCAGAGUUGAGUUGUUUGUUAAUCUAAUAAUUUUUACAAUUUGAGAUAGAAUAUAAUCUAAAAUGGGAAAAUUAAAUCCUACGUUGUUACGCUAUUUGACCGAUGAAGAUGUGGCGAUUUUAGCUGGAGUUGAAAUGGGUAUGAGGAACCAUGAGUUAGUGUCUGCCCCCUUAGCUGUUUCACUUUCCAAAUUGCAAAUCAGUGGCUCUCACAGGAUUUUAAGGGAGUUGUGCAAACACCGUUUAUUAAGUUACGAGAGAGGAAAGAAAUAUGAUGGAUAUAGAUUAACUAACCUGGGAUAUGAUUAUCUAGCACUGAACAAUUUAACAAAAAGGAAUAUCAUUUCAUCCUUUGGUAAUCAAAUAGGUGUUGGUAAGGAAAGUAAUAUAUAUACUGUUGCCACAGAAGAAGAAGAGGAGUUAUGUUUGAAACUUCACAGACUAGGAAGAGUGUGUUUCCGGAAAGUAACAGAAAAGAGAGAUUAUCAUAAACAUGCAAAAUCCCUAUCGUGGUUAUACCUCUCAAAACUGUCAGCCACCAAAGAGUUUGCAUACAUGAAGGCUUUACAUGAUGAGGGUUUUCCAGUGCCAAGACCUAUUUCUUUUAAUCGACAUUGUGUUGUGAUGGAACUCAUUAAAGGUACGCUGUUGAAUCAUAUAUUAGAAUUGAAGAACCCUGAGAAGCUUUAUGAUCAAUUGAUGGAUUUAAUUAUUCGAUUCGCUAACUGUGGCCUGAUCCAUGGAGAUUUCAACGAAUUCAAUAUAAUGGUAACCGAAGAGGAAGAUGCUGUUAUAAUAGAUUUCCCACAAAUGCUUUCUACUGAGCAUUCUGAUGCGGAAAUGUAUUUUAAUAGAGAUGUGAAUUGCAUAAGAACGUUUUUCAAAAAGAGAUUCAGAUAUGAAAGCGAAUUUUUCCCCAAAUUCAGUGAUGUAGACCGAACAUGUUCUUUAGAUGCCCAAGUUAGAUGCACAGGAUUCACCCGUGAAAUGGCCAGAAGCCUUGAUAUUGAACUUGGCUUAGAAAAUGAAGAUUCUAGUGAUGAGAAUGAAAAAGAUGAAAACGAAGUAGACGAUGAAGAAAAGCAAGAAAGACAUAAUGAGAGGGAAAAAGAGACAUGUCAGGAUAAUGUUUCAGAUAAGAAUGGAAGGCUCUCGGAAAGUAUUUCCAAAGAAUUUGAUGAGAAAAUCAAUGUUGGGAGUUCUCCCAAUGUAGGCACAGGUGAUACUUUUUCAGAUGCUGAGUCAAAUAAAGAAACAAAUGAUGGAGGUUCUUCUGACGUAGACUCAGGCGAUGCUUUUUCAGAGUCUGAUAAAUUUUCUGUGUCUUCCACUGUCAACUCUCAUCAUGAUGAAAUAAAAAAAAGAAUUAAACAACAAAUCAGGAAAAAAAAGUUGAAAGAAUCCCAAAAGAGGUGCUAUGCUAAAGGCGAAGCAAGUGCUGUUAGGAGAUCAAGACGUCAAAAUGCCAAUCAUAUUAAAGAAAGUCACGAUUUCUGGGGUAUGUGAGGGAAAUAUUUUUGUUUGUAAAUAAAUUAAUAAAUUUGAUUAUAAUUAUAA